CUAUAACAACGAUAUUUUUAAACACGAAACAAGCCCACCGCUUCACGGCUACAACAGGGUCCACGGCGAUUGUAACGAAUGUAGGUGACAUCUGCUUCAUAAUCGAAUGAAACGCUGGUGUGUUUCAGUGCGGGACUGAACGUCACGACAUGGGACAGAAGUGCGCCAUUCUCUGGGGUUUCGUCGGACUCGUGGUGCUGAUAUUUGGCAUCAUAACACCCACGGUGUUUAACAUAAUCCUACACCAGGAAAUGAGAAAGAUGCUGCCUUUGGUGGAGGGUACUACGACGUACGAGUUGUGGCGAGAUUUGCCAGUACCGAUGCAAAUUCAGUUGUGGGUAUUCGAUGUAAUCAACGCCGAUGAAGUCAUGGACCACGGCGUCAAACCUUAUGUUGUUGAAAAGGGGCCAUACUCCUACAGAUUAAAGAAGAAGAAAGAGAAUAUCACCUUCCACGCCAACUCCACUGUGACGUUCCGGCAGGUGUCGUGGUACUACUUCGACAGGGAGCUGUCAGUGGGGGACGAGAACGACACCUUUACCACCAUCAACAACAUCCUACUGGGUGCAGCCUACAUGACCCGGUUCGAGUACCCCAUCAUCAAAGAACUCACGAAACUUUUGCUUGAAUCUCUUGGGGGCAACCUGUACGAGACGUACACUGUUCGGGAUAUGGUAUGGGGUUACGAGGACCCACUGCUGAAGAUCAUCAAGGACGACAUCCUCGGGGCAUUCAACCUCAGCUAUACUCUUGAUGACCAUUUUGGCUUCUUUUACAAAUGGAACGGCUCGGAUGACGGGCAGUUUACAGUCUUCACUGGUGCAGAAGAUCUGGCGAGGUUAAGCAAGGUCGAUACAUUUAACGGAUUAACAGACGCGCCGUUCUGGAGUACUCCAUACGCCCGGAUGUUGAACGGCACGGAUGGAACUUUUUUCCCUCCAUUCCUGGACAAACAAAAGCCACUCUUCUUCUACUCCCCGGAUGCUUGCAGGACAUUGUACAUGGACUUUGAUCGAGAGAACACUGUGAAGGAUGUCGGUACCUAUAGGUACACCCUCCCCGUCUCCCUGCUGGAGAGCGGUAGAGUCAACUCCAACAACGUGGGGUUCUGCACCCCCAACGCCCAUUUCUGUAUGCCGUCGGGGGUGCUAAACGUCAGCGGCUGUAGAAUGGCAUCACCAGCCAUCAUGUCCUACCCUCAUUUCCUUGGCGGUGACCCGGAAGUUAUUAACGGGGUCAACGGCCUACAUCCUGACCCAUUGCACCAUGCAUCUAUUCUGGAUUUGGAACCGACGUCCGCAGUACCUAUGGAGGUUGCGAUGCGCCUACAGAUAGGAGUAUACGUUUCGAAUUUUUCGAACAUAAGACAGCUGGAGCACACGAGGACCUACUUUCACCCGAUAUUUUGGUUUAAUGAGAGCACUGUCAUAACAGAUGACCUAGCUGGUCGGCUACGGACGGAGUUGGUGGAGGUUGUCCAGGCCGUGUCUGUGCUACAUUAUGUGUUGCCCUGUGUUGGGGCGGUGGUGGUCCUUAUCUGUGUCGUGUAUACACUGCACAGACGGAAACGUCAAAGAAAGAAUACUGAACACCCUGAAACGGAAACAGAUUCCCGGGAUGACGAUCCCCGGCUAGUCACGUGACAAUACCCCGGAAGUUAUAUAACAGUCUAAUGGUAUUGUAACAUCUCCAGAUCAGCGCAAGACGAAAUGAGAGAGAGAGAGAGAGAGAGAGAGAGAGAGAGAGAGAGAGAGAGAGAGAGAGAGAGAGAGAGAGAGAGAGAGAGAGAGAGAGAGAGAGAGAGAGAGAGAGAGAUUUCAUCCAUGUAUGGGAGAUCGUCUUAGCACCAAGAUAUUAACAC